GACUCGCCAAGUGGGGGUCCGCGUGGGCUACCUCACUACAACGUGCGCGGAGUCUCAAACAGCAUGGCAAAGAUGUCCGGUGACAAAUAAAAAAGCUCACUGCAACCCAUUUAUCAUUAAGUUAAAUUAAGUAAAUGCGCGCAUACUUUUCGCAAAGGAUCGCGAGCUCAAAGUUUGAUGAAGAAGCUUCUCACAUUAGAGAGAGUGAGAUGGUAUCCAGCGAGCUGUAUCUGGCAGAGGAAGACGACGACUCGGCGAGUAAUAUGAAGGAGAUGAUCGGAGGCUGCUGCGUUUGCUCGGAUGAGAGAGGCUGGGCCGAAAACCCUCUAGUCUACUGCGACGGUCACGGCUGUAACGUCGCUGUCCACCAAGCCUGCUAUGGAAUUGUCCAAGUCCCCACCGGACCCUGGUUCUGCAGGAAAUGUGAAUCACAGGAACGUGCUGCCAGGGUGAUUAAAGGGUGGAGGGGGAGAAAGCCAAGCUGGCAGACCCCUGAAGGAGGAGGACUGUCCUACACCUGUAACAAAGAGGAGGAGGACAGCAGACUGAGCAGAAGUUUAAAAACUUUGAACAUAGUGAGGUGCGAGCUGUGUCCCCACAAAGACGGAGCACUAAAACGAACAGAUAAUGGAGGUUGGGCCCAUGUGGUUUGUGCUCUUUACAUCCCAGAAGUGGAGUUCGCCAACGUAUCCACCAUGGAACCCAUUGUGCUCCAGUCUGUCCCUCAUGAACGUUAUAAUAAGACAUGCUACAUCUGUGAGGAACAGGGCCGAGAGAGCAAAGCUGCUACUGGAGCCUGCAUGACAUGCAACAAACAUGGCUGCCGACAGGCCUUUCAUGUCACAUGCGCUCAGUUUGCUGGGUUGUUGUGUGAAGAACAGGGCUCAGAUGCUGAUAAUGUGAAAUACUGUGGAUACUGCAAGUACCAUUACAGCAAACUGAGAAGGAGCAAAGGCCGUGGUAGUAGGGCUCAAAGCUUAAGUGAUUCUUCCACUCACUCUUUGGAUAAGCACCAUGACAAGGAAAAGAAGAAACAUAAAGAAAGAGAUCGCCACAAACCAAAGCACAAAAAAGCUUUGGAACUGUCACCUUCCUUGGUGCCAGCACUGAUGGUGACCUCUGAGAGGAGCUACAACAGCAGCAGUGGUGGAAGUGUCUCCUCAAUCUCCUCUGCUCAGAAGCGAUUGGAUGACAGCGGAGGUCGUUUCACCAAUGCCAACUUCCAGGAAGUUCCGUCUCACUCCAGUUCCAGCUCCAAGGAUGGCAGCCUCUCUGAUGGCAAGAGCUCAGAUGGCAAAAGCAAGAAGUCCAGCAGUCACAGCACCAGCUCGAACUCUGGCUCCAGGGGCCGCAAGUCCGCGCCGGGAAAACCCCACGGCCCUGUGGUCACCACGGCGACGUCAUCCACAGCUCCCUCCUCAACCAGUCCAUUUCAGCAAGGUCUUUUAUUAGGCAGCAGCAGCAGUAAAUCAGCCACUAGUGGGUCUGUGGUUCAGCCCACAUCUGAUUUCCUCAGCUUCUCUGAUCCCAGCCUAAGGGCUGGCGACUCAUACACGCCUCCAUCCUUUAGCCGUUGCCACGUGAAGAGUGGUGCAGAAAGCACAGCUUCUGAAGGCAUGGUGGCUCUCAACACCUUCGGCAUGAUGUCCCUCCCCCAAAGCUCAAGCUCAAACAAGCAUUACGAAAACUGUCACCCGGCCGGAGAGCUGGGAGGCCUGGCCUCAGCAAGCUACAAACGACCCCAGCCCUCCUCGUCCUCUUCCUCUGCAACGUCCUCUUCAUCUACUGGCGAGGAUGGCGUGAAGAAGAAGAAGAGAGGGAACUGGAGGAACCGGUAUGGACCGUGCUUCACUACCCAGGACAGUAAAACCACUGAUACGGGAGAGCACGGGUCCACAAUGCCCUCAUCCACUUCCCCCUCGCCAUCCUCCAUGAGCACUAUGGCCUGCCGCGGGAGUGCAGUCAGCAGUACUGGAGGUGUGGGAGCAGUGGGUGCUGGUAGCAGCAGUCUGGGGAUUCAGAAGUCCCCAUCCCUCCUCAGGAAUGGAAGCUUACAGGGUAUGACUGUCAGCUCCCCACCUGCUGGACCAGGUUCGUACUCCAGCAGUAGCGAUGUAGCCUGCCCAUUACCCAGUGCUGUGUUUGGAGGGUCUCUGUCUGGAUCCAACUCCGAGUUACCUGCUCAUCAGUCAGUGGUCACUUCCAUGUCCACUCUCACAUCUUUGCCCCCGACUGUGCCGUUCAACAGCACCUCAUCCACACAUUCAAACUCUCUACCGGGAUCCUUUAACCUGGCGCCAUCCCAUAUGUUCGGAAACAGGCUGAAUCCGAAUUCCGCAAUGGCUGCACUGAUCGCCCAGUCCGAGGGCUCCCCGGCAGAUCAGGAGCUUGGAGACGGAGCUCUCGGCUUCUCCAGAAGAGGAAACUCACCAAAGACAAACCUCUCCCCUCGGUCUCCGUUAAGUGGGCUUCAUAUCCGGUAUGACUCGUCAGGACCGUUGGUUCCAGGGCUCGGAUCUGGUUCGGAUACGUUGCCCCCAGUGGCCACCAGCAUCGACCAGCUGCUGGACCGGCAAUGGAACGAAGGACAGCAGUUCCUCCUACAACAGGGCUCACAAGGAGAUGUUCUGGGAAUGCUGAAGUCCCUGCACCAGCUGCAGGUAGAAAACCGGCGUCUGGAGGAACAAAUCCGAACUCUCACCAUGAAGAAGGAACGACUGCAGCUCUUGAGCGCUCAGCUCUCUGUGCCUUUCACCCCCGCGAGCACCACGGCCACCACUGCCUCCUCUCCUCUGUACCCCAGCAACACUCACGCAGACAUGCUGCACAGCAAGAGCAUUCAGCUAGGCAGCAGUGUUUUAACAGAGUCCUCUCAACCCUUGCCCACUCAGCAUCCCCUGUCUGGUGGCCAUAGUAGCGGAAGUAGCACGUCCUCUCUCUCCACCCCUCCGUCUGCGGCCCACAGUCCCCCCCAGCAGCAGGUGAACGGAGUUGGCAUGGCCGGGGUGGCAGUCCAGCCUGGUAAUGCCAACUCGACCCUCCCUGCCAUAGCAGGGGUGACGGGUCUGAUGGGCGCUCUGCAGGGGAACCACCUGGCCAUGAGUGGCAUCGUGGGCACCCUAAACGGAGUCAUCCAAACCUCCCCCAGCCUGCCCCAGAAUAGCAGCCCCCUGCCCCAUCCCUCAGCAGCUACCAGCGCAUCCCUGCCCAUGUCCAACAGUCUCAGUAACAGCAGCAUGCCCACUGCAAAAUCCAGUGCGGCAAGGUUUUUCAAUGAUCAGCACAGACAGAUCCUCCUCCAUCAGCACCAACUUCAGCAGCUUUUCAGCUCCCAGCAGGCCACACCGGAACAGCAGCAGGCUCUGCUCUAUCAGUUAAUGCAACAACAGCAGCAGCAGCAGCAGCAGAAUGACAUACAGCUGCAGCAGCUGCCAAUCAACAGCCUCCUGCCCGCCACACAGCCAGCCAUCACUACAAACCCCUUCCUCGCCAUGCACAACGACAACAACACUCCUAAAACUGGAGUUAGUACUGCAGCUAUCAAACAGACAAAAGUAUUCACUUAAAAUAUUCAUGGAUUC